AUGGGGUAUAGCUCAGAUCCAAACUGUAAUAAGAAACAUAAGCCGGACAGUAAUUACUAUGGGAAUAUAGCAGAUUUAGAUUUUAGAAAACAAAAAUAUCCACCUUACCAAGAACCGACCAAAUAUGAUAGUGACAAAUACAAGUCGGAGGCGUCAUCUAUAGACUCUGAGAAAUAUAUCAAUAGCUACAGACAUGGUUUCAAACCUCUGAAACCUGAUGAAUAUAAUGAACCACAAACAAAGUAUGGUUAUCCAAACCUUCAUGAUUUGCCAACACCAGAGAGUUAUUCUGAUUAUUUGCCGCCUCGCCCCAAGAAAAAGUUUAGGCCACACAGAAUUCCGGAUUCCUACGAUCCUGAGAACUUAGAUGAUUAUGUUCUGGUUCCAAAAAGAAAAUUGAAAAAACCUCAGCGCAUAGUUGACGAUUACCAACCAGAACCUGAGGAAGAUUUCGACCAUCGGAUACCAUACUCAGCCUAUGAUGAUGAAUAUGAAGACGACCGGUACCAACGACCGUCACGAGGACCCACAGGACCUCAAAAGGAAGAGAAAAUUGUAAAGAAAAUAGUGAAAAAGAAACCAGUUAUAAAUAUCUUAGACAUAUUUGACAUAUAA